AUGAGUAAGGUGAUUGUGGUUGGCUCUUUAAUUACGCUGGCCGCUGUGGUCUGCUCCUUGAUGGCAAUGACUUUCCUGCUUGAAGAAACCGCAACAUUUCAGAAGGAGUUCGAAGCCGACAUGGAUGAGUUUAAUGACGCUUGGACAUGCAUCAUAUCGAAGCAUUUGGAUCCAUUUGGCCGAUGGAAAGCUGUUAAUAGCUUUUCUGAACUCAUACAACGUCAGCCUCGUGCCGCUGCCGCCUUGUACGAUUGCAAAUGCGCAGAGAAAUCUGCAAACUGUGCACCCGGACCAGCUGGACCGCAGGGAGAGAGAGGACUACCUGGAGAGCCCGGACCCAACGGUGAUGAUGGACGACCUGGUGUUGCAGGAGUUGCUGUAGCAAUAACGCACGACAUUCCUGGCGGCUGUAUCACCUGCCCAGCUGGCCCGCCAGGAUCACGUGGAGUGCCUGGUGAACCAGGACCAGUUGGACCACCCGGCGGAAUUGGGGUUCGUGGCCCACAAGGCCAUCCUGGACGUAUAGGAGAAACUGGACCACCAGGUGACGAAGGAGCACCGGGACAACGUGGACGUGCUGGCUCAGCUGGAGCCCCUGGAGAGUCUGGCACACAAUAUCUUGCAGGAAUGCCGGGCGUUCCAGGACCUCAGGGACUUCGGGGAGAACCAGGAGAACCAGGGAAAGCUGGCGAAGAUGGCAAGCCCGGAUUACCAGGACCACAAGGUCCUCCUGGACUUCCUGGAAAGGAGGGACGUCCGGGUAGAGAUGGUCAACCAGGACCUGUAAGUUUUGGUGGUUUAGAAUAG